UAUGUUAAUGAACGAAUGCUUAUUUCUGGACGGUUUAACUUCAGUAACAGGUGUAUGUGUUACCAAAAAUGAGGAUAUUGUUGUAUCAGAUUCAAGCAUUAAGCCUAAGGUUAAAAUAUAUCGAUCGGAUGGCAAAGUUUUAUCAAAGUUAGAAGGACCAUUUAAGCAUCCUUACCAGGUCACAUCGAAUACAAAAACUGAUCAUAUUUAUGUAGUUGAUCCAAGAUUACAUUGUAUUAUGAAAUUUGAAGGUAUGGGAAGGUAUAGGGGAUCAUUUGGUGCAGAUAAUCUAAUAUGGCCGUGUUCAGCUUGUGUAGAUAACUGUGGUAAUUUAUUGGUUUGCGAUCGAGCCGAUAGAAAAAUAAAAAUGUUUUCGGAAGAAGGGGCAUUUAUUGGUAAAGUUUUAGGAAGAGAAGAUGGUUUAGUGAGCCCAAUUGGAGUAUGCGUAGAUACAGUUUGUAAAAGUGGAAGAUUAGCAAUUAUAGAAGAAGAAUUAAGAACGGGCGGAGAGGAUAGAGUUUAUCUUAAAGUAUUCAAAUAA